CAAUAUUCCUAAAUUGGAUUUCCGCGUCCGGGUUGGGCAUUAUACGGGUUUCUGGAGUCUCCUAUAAGAGUGAACCCUAGAGGCGCCUGUCGGAGCAGCCGCGGACGGCGACGAACGUGCUCAUUUCGGCUCACACUACAGUCGAGUCAUACGAAGCGUUCGGUUACGUAAUCUCCGCCUCUUAUUCGCACUGGUUUGCUCGUUAUCUUAUAUUUUAGUUUCAUUUUGCUUCUCCUUGGCUCUUCCUCUUCCUGCGUUGAAGCUUGGCUUUGCGUAUUGACGAUGACAAAGAGAAGAGCCAAGAAAGUAAAAAACAAUGGCCCGCCACUAAUCGAACAACAACGUACCAAGAAAAAGAGAGAGAGAAGAUUGGAAAGGAAGAGGCAGAGGAAGGCUGCUCUAAAGGCUUUGAAGACUAAUACAGCUCCAUCUCCUAAUCAUGCUACUACUUCUGAUCCUGCACCUAAUGUUGAUCCCGCUUCUAACACUAAUGGUAAUAGAGCUGUCAGAGGUGGAAAAAAUAAAGAGAAUGGUAAUAGUGAUUCGAUGCCUGGGUUCAUUUUCAUGUGCAAUGGGAAAACAAAAGCGGAGUGCUACCAAUACCGUGUAUUUGGGCUACCAGCUGGGAAAAUUGAUGUUGUUGAGAAGAUCAAGAAGGGCACAAAACUCUUUCUGUUUGAUUUUGAUCUGAAACUGCUCUAUGGUGUAUAUAAGGCUACUUGUGGAGGAAAAAUGAGCUUGGAGCUGGCUGCUUUUGGUGGAAAAUUUCCUGCUCAGGUGAAAUUCCGGAUUCUCAUGGACUGCUUACCUCUGCCUGAAAGCACUUUCAAAAAUGCUAUCCGUGAAAACUACCAGGGUGGUAAAUUUAAUCCAGAACUGACGAAUAAACAGGUCAAGAAUCUGAUUUCAUUGUUUCGUCCUGUUGCUGCAUCAGCAGAGACACCUGUUGCCCCCCCUCUGCCUAAUGUAGUCCCACCAUGGGUACUUCCGCCUUCAGGAAUGGAAGACCAAUUCAGACGCCCUGUAAGGAUGGCUCCUCCAGAAGAUCCAUAUACAGCUAGAGCUUACCAUGGUCAUGCCCCACCAGCUCUAGAGUCUCAAUAUGGCCCGCCUAUAGCUCCACAGUCGAGGAUGGCUCCUCCAGAAGACCCAUAUACUGCUGGAGCUCGCCUUAGACAUCCACCACCAGCCCUGCAGUCUCAAUUUGUCCAACCUAUGGCUCCACAGGCGAGGGUGGCUCCUCCAGAAGACCCCUAUAUUUCUGGAGCUCACCUAAGAGAUGCACCACCAGCCCUAGAAUCUCGAUAUGUUCCCCCUGUGGGUCCACCUCCGCUAAAUGGUCGUUAUGGAUCAGCAGUUGGCCGACCACCUUACAGUGACCCAUAUUAUUCUGCAGAAGUGCAUUUGCCACAUGUGCCUGAGAACCUGGCCCUACAUGCGCAGGAUCCAUACAGCAGGUACAGGGGUGCACCAGAGUUGGUUCAGCAUGAUCGACUCCUCGGCUUGGAGAGUGACUACAAAAGGUCUGUCCUGUGGAGGGGGAGUGCAUCACACUCGGAUAAUGCAGGUGAUUACUACUACAACCAGCAGUCAACAUUAUUGGCGCCACAUGCUCCAGUAACAUCACAUGUCCCAGGCACUGUUCCAGUCCCAUCGCGUGCCCCGAUGGAAUUUCCCUCAUCAUCACAGACAGCUCCUUAUUGGACAACAGUCGCUUAUGAGGACCCAAAUCGUAUAUAUGCUGAACCACCACAGAGGUCUGCAACAGAAAUGAUUACCUUGGCAGGGACAAGCUUGCCUGUCUCUAAUCUUUAUUCAUUUGCAGGAGCUGUACCUGCAUACCGCUGACUCAAUUGGGAGGGCAAUCUUAUUGGUGCCUUGCUUUACCUCUUUUAAUGUCAGCGUACCAUACUGGAAUGUGUUUUUAAAUCUUCAGUUUGCUUCAUUUUACUUUUUGAAACUGAAGAGAGUUCUAUGAAAUCUUUUAGGGAAAAACUUGAAUUGUUACUUCCUCCAUUCCCCUCUUGUUAGACAUGUGAAAUGCAACUUACAACUGAGGUGCUGGGAUAUAUGUUUCAGUUUUAGAAGUGGUUAUGAUAUUCUGGAAUAAAUACCGCCCAGUGAAUAGUGGCUCUAUGGGUUCAUGUA